AUGGCUGGGGCUGCUGGAAAGUGGGGUUAUACGCAGGUACAUGUAGAGGUUGAUGUUGUCCAUAUGCAUUUCCACUGCCAUGCGGAGGGUACGGUGCCGAUCCACUUACAGGAGCAGCCUGAUAUGCAGGUGCAGGAUACCACUGAGGUUGGGGAGGCUGCUGUUGCCAGUUCGGAGCCGGUGGUGGAGUUUGACCUCCUGCUGGACCUGUUCCUGUCUGUGGUUGAGGAGGCUGCUGUUGCCAAUUCGGAGCUGGUGGCGGAGUUUGACCACCUUGUGGGCCUGCUCCCGUCUGUGGUUGAGGAGGCUGCUGUUGCCAAUUCGGAGCCGGUGGCGGAGUUUGACCACCUGGUGGGCCUGCUACUGUCUGUGGCUGAGGGGGCUGCUGCUGCCAGUUGGGAGCCGGUGGUGAAGUUUGACCCCCUGCUGGGCCCGGUGCCCAUGUGCCCCCAUGCGCAUGCCCGGCACUCUGAGCCUGGACGUACUGUCCGGGCAUUGAGGGCGGAACGUUGGGAGCUUGGCCCGCCCAGGCCUGACCCUGCACAGGUGGCCAUUGUGGAUGAGGGUUGGGCUGGGACGGUGGCAUCUGGCCUGCAACUUGACCACUCGGAAUUGAGGCCUGGGUGGGAGUACUUGUCGGCUGCCACGCGCCUGGCUGAGCUGGCAAAUUCGUUUGCGCCGGCGGUUGAUUCGGCGUAA